CCAAAGACAUGUCAUUUGUCGCCAGUCGACUCUCGGCGAGCACCUCGAAUCGGCCCGCGAGAGCUUUUUCUGCAUUUGCAAAACCGGCAAAAGCCGAGCUUUAAAAGACACUGGCACCAUGGAAGAGCCCUCUAGUCCACCGGUCCGGCGGCUCGUGCCCAUGGCCGCCGCCAAGCCAGCGUGCGCACGCGCUCCUGAUGACCCCGUACUGCGAGGGUAGCUGGAGUGAUCCUCCUGGAGGGAAAACGUACGCAGUCAGCGCGAGGAGACGUUAGCGUCGAUCCAGGAGCUCCUCCUCUUCCUCCUCCUCCUCCUCCUCCUCCUCCUCCUCCUCCUCCCUCCAACGGGCACAGAGAAGAGUGUGAGAGACCGAGCGAGGGAACGUGGGAAAGAGGAGGACAAUGUACCAAGCCCUGCUUCUCUCCUCCUCCCUCUUCAUCCUUCAUGUGAUGGGCACUCCCCAGUUCUUCGCUCACCGCGGGAGGAGGGUUUGUGGCCGAGACCUCCGCCACAGCGUUGUCACGGCGACAGAGUCCUACGUCCACGCGGUGCACAAGCCCUACAUCGCCCUGUGUCAGGGCCAUCGCCUCUGCAGCACCUACAAGACUGUGUACGCGGUGGCGUACCGGCAGGUGAGCAGAGUGACGCCUCCUUCCCAUUCGUACCCAGAGUGUUGCCCGGGCUGGCGGAGAUUUCACUCUCACAACUGCAACCGAGCUCUGUGUGGAGACGCCUGCGUGAACGGAGGAACCUGCCUCCGCCCCGACCAGUGCGCCUGUCCGCCAGGAUGGACGGGCCGCCGGUGCCAGUCAGAUGUGGACGAGUGCAGCGAGCAGAGGCCGUGCGCCCAGGGCUGCGUGAACACGGCCGGCAGCUACCGCUGCACGUGCACUGGCGGCUUCGGGCCCGCCGGGGACGGCCGCUCAUGUCAAAGGCUCCCCCCACCACCUCCUCCUCCUCCUCCUGCCACCACGCCGCCCGCGCCCCCCCAACCCCGUCAGACAGCAGUGGGUGGUCACUCCGAUGCGGGUGGAGGCUUCAGCCUGGCGGAGAACGUGACGGAGGAGGUCCAGAGCCUGAGGGACCGAGUGGAGCUCCUGGAAAAGAAGUUGCAGUUGGUCCUGGCCCCCUUCAGCAGCGUCUACCCGCUGUCGCUGGACGAGGGCGUGUCCGAGAAAACCACCCUGCUGUCCCACUCCUUCCAGCAGCUAGACCGCAUCGACUCCCUGAGCGAGCAGAUCGGCUUCCUGGAGGAGCGGCUGGGCACAUGCUCCUGCCAGGAGAACUAGCCGCAGGACGAUGGCCAUCAUUAAUUUCAGACGUCUCCCCCGUGAAGUCCGGAAUGACACCAACCUGCCAGGGAGUGUUGCACACCAGAGCGACGCACACGGGCGCGCGUGUGUGAGAGGAAUGGCAGAAAGCCGACAGCCUCGGCCCGUGGUACACUGUGACGCAAUCACGACACUAUUCCAAACACACGAGGGUCAUUUUACUUUUCUCGUUGAAUCACUGUCAAAUUCUCAAUUUCGUAACAGUACCUGCGGCACGCUCAGUUUCAGCCUGACGUCAUCCCCGUAGCAUCUGAAUCAAACCGCCUGAGGGGUCAAAGGUUAAAACUGGCCUUUUUGUGUUUUUGUUUUGCAUCAGUGCAUGUGUGUCCUCUGUCUGAGCCCCCCGACCGUCCUGGGACAGGUGUGGACGUCUGUGAUUAUCUAUUUAACUUAUGAUUACUUUCACUUAUUUCUCAGACAUUUUUUACCUUCUUUUGUAACUUUUUGUAAUAAAAAGAAAAACUUAA